CUUUACAAAUGGUAAAGGAAUUUGGAUCAUUGUAAUUCAUGAUCACAUGAUAUGCUUACUGUGUUCACGGGUUCUGUCGUAAAUUUGUCUCCCAGGUUUGUUGAAUUCAGGAAGCUUUCACCACCAAUCUUUUCUGGUAUUUCUCGCAAGCCGAUUCGCAUUUCAAGAAAAACCCUGAGCUGGAAGAUGGCCCAACCUUCCCAAAACCCAUCUCGGCAGCAGAAAAUCAUAAUUACUAAAAAGAAUGACAGUAAGCUGGUUGGUAUUCUUCAUGAAUGUGGAACCGAAGAGAUUGUCAUCUUAUGCCAUGGUCUUCGAUCCACCAAGGAAGAUACUAUCAUGAUAAAUCUUGCUUCUGCUCUAGAGAAUGCAGGAGUCAGUUCUUUCCGCGUUGACUUCAGUGGAAAUGGGGAAAGUGAUGGUUCAUUUGAGUUUGGUCACUAUUGGAGGGAGGUUGAUGAUCUACAUGAUGUCAUUCAACACUUUCAUAGAGCAAACCGUAUAGUUACUGCAAUUAUUGGACAUAGUAAAGGAGGUGGCGUAGUGCUUCUUUAUGCUUCUAAGUAUCGUGACAUUAAAACAGUUAUCAACAUCUCUGGACGCUAUGAUCUGAAGGCAGGAAUUGAAGAACGCCUUGGAAAGGAUUAUUUGGAAAGAAUUAGGAAGGAUGGUUUCAUUGACCUCAUGCGGUCAGGAAGUUUUGAUUACCGUGUGACUUUGGAAAGUUUGAUGGAUCGCUUAGAUACAAACAUGCAUGAAGCAUGCCUUCAGAUUGAUAAAGAAUGCAGGGUCUUCACAAUUCAUGGUUCUUCAGACCCAGUUAUCCCCGUUGAAGAUGCAUAUGAGUUUGCCAAGAUUUUACCAAACCAUAAGCUGCAUAUCAUAGAGGGAGCUGAUCAUUCAUACACUAAUCAUCAAGAUGAAUUGGCCUCUGUUGUUGUGAACUGCAUAAAGGAAACCUUGCUCCAGGAUAGGGUUACAUCUGGCUAGAUCUUGCAGUUUUGAGCCACCUAAAAUUGCUCAAGGUGACAAAAUCUCUAUUACGGAUGAACCU